GGAGGAGGAGAGAAGAAGUGAGAGGAGGAGUCUGUUUGUUGACAUCGGACGAAAACGAAAAUCAGAUGAGUGAAGACUGAUGAUAAAAACGACAUUUCUCGCCGUCAUCAAGACAUAUAGCCUUGGCGAAAGCUAAGGUCCCCUGCACUGCCCUGUCUUUAAUCUGAGCCGGAGAGAGAGAGGCUAAUAUGGCAGCCAAAGCAGGAGACAACCCUGACAGCCUCAUGACUCUGGCAACCACCUUCUGCCUGAGGAACCUUAUGAAGACCAUGUGCUACCAGGGAUUCAGGAACAAGCUCUGUCUGCGCUCGGACAUCUUCCUUCCCAGCGAAAUCUGCGACAAGUUAGUCAACACAUACAUGGAGUUGGUCCACACAGAUAGUAACUUUGAGCAAGAGGAAAGCUUCUUCCAACUUUUCUCAGACCCCCGCAGCACCAGACUGACCAGGGUACAGCUGAGAGAAGACUUCGUACGGGAUAGAGAUCUGGAGGCCAUUAAAAAACAGGACCUGAUUGAGCUCCACCUCACCUACUGCAACAGUCUGUCCUCCCGCAGCUUGAAAAACUUGAGCAGCUUCCGUGAGACCUUGGUGUCUCUCUGUCUCUUCGGCUGCAAUCACAUCUUCUACAGGAAGGGCGGCGCCCCACUCGCAUGCAACGAAGACACAGAGGAUGAGGAGGAGGAGAGCCCUGCUUCCAGGCAAGCUUUAGAGACGGACUUUACCUUCCAGGGCUUCAACCGCCUCAGGCUGCUCAACUUGGGUGGCCUUCCUGAUGAGGUGGAUGCUGCGACGCUGCUCAAACCCCUGAAAUCACUCACCUCUCUAGAUCUGUCCAAUGUACAGUUGCUGGGAACAGCUUUUCUCACCCAGUGGAAAGACAGACUUGCAUCUCUUGUGCUCUACAAUGUGGACCUGUCAGAGGAGCUGGUCAGUACCAUGGUGGAGAUCGUUAAUCUCAGGCAUCUUGACAUCUCCCGGGAGAGCAGGCGCACCUCUAAGUUUAAGAUGAGCAGGAAAAUCCUGACGGCCAUCGUACAGCGCCUGGUCAAUCUGGUGUCUCUGGACAUCUCUGGUCACAUUAUGCUCGACAACUGCACAGUCCCACACAUCGAGGAAGCUAUGGGGCGGCCAAGCAUUGAGCCGUGCAAGAGCAGCAUUUAUCCUUUCCAGGAGCUGAAAAGGCCACUGCAGUUCCUGGGCCUGUACGACACCACCCUCUGUAAUGUGACACACAUCCCUGCUUAUAAGGUGACCGGAUCAAAGAAUGAAGAGCAGGUUCUGAAUGCAAUUGAGGCUUACACAGAGUUUCGUCCUGAGCUGGCACACCGAGCCAUCAAUCAGCUGUUUGACAUCGCCAGGAUACAGCACUGCAGCCAGCUGCUCCGAGCUCUGCAGCUCGUCAUAGCGGCAUUGAAGUGCCACAAAUAUGAUAAGAGCAUCCAGGUGACGGGCAGCGCCGCUCUGUUCUACCUGACCAACACGGAGUACCGCAGCGACCAGAGUGUGAGGCUGCGCAGAGAGGUCAUCCAGGUGGUACUGAACGGAAUGGAGCAGUACCAGGAGGUCACCGUCCAGAGGAACUGCUGCCUGACUCUUUGUAACUUCAGUAUUCCAGAGGAGCUGGAGUUCCAGUACAGUCGGGUCAACCAGCUGCUGCUGAAGAUCCUGGAGCCGGCCCGGCAGGACGAGUCGAUCCAGAGAAUAGCUGUACACCUCUGCAAUGCUCUGGUCUGUCAGGUGGACAACCAUCACAAGGAGGCCGUGGGGAAGAUGGGAUUUGUCCAGACAAUGCUGAAUCUAAUUCAGAAGAAGCUACAGGACAGAAUGUGUGACCAGGUGAUGGAGUUCUCCUGGAGCGCUCUGUGGAACAUCACUGAUGAGACGCCCGACAACUGUCAGAUGUUCCUCAACUGUCGGGGCAUGAGUCUCUUCCUGGAGUGUCUUCAGGAGUUUCCAGACAAGCAGGAGCUGCACCGCAACAUGUUGGGGCUUCUGGGAAAUGUUGCUGAGGUCAAAGCACUGAGGCCACAGCUGCUCACCCCCCAGUUCAUCACUGUGUUCAGUAACCUGCUGGACAGUAAGGCGGAUGGGAUUGAGGUGUCGUACAAUGCGUGCGGCGUGCUGUCACACAUCAUGUUCGACGGCCCGGCGGUUUGGUCCAUGGAAGAUCCGCGCAGAGACUCGGUGAUGGACAAGAUGUGGGACGCCAUCCAGAGCUGGGACGUCAGCUCACGCCGCAACAUCAACUACAGGUCAUUUGAGCCCAUCCUGCGCCUGCUGCCUCAGGGCAUCGCCCCCGUCAGUCAACACUGGGCCACAUGGGCCCUCUUCAACCUGGUGUCAGUUUACCCAAGCAAGUAUUGUCCCUUGCUGAUAAAGGAGGGAGGAAUAAGUCUUCUAGAGAAAGUUCUGGAACUGGAAAGCUCUCAUCCUGAGACCAAGGACAUGGCCAGCAAAGUAAUGGAGGCGUGUGAAACCUUCAAAGACGACCCCAUGGAAACAAAUAAUGGACAGGAGGUAAACUUUGGACAAAGAGGUUGACCCCAGCGGAGCCGUGAUUCCCAGCAAACAUCCAACACACCCACAUAAGGCCCCUCCCACUGUCAUCAUCACAAGGGUCACCUGUGUGCAUUAUUCAUAUCAUUCUAAUUAUUUCUUAGAGCGGAAAAGUGUCUAUUCACUGCGGUUUGGACACUUAUGACACAUAGGACUUCAGAGGUGGUGUUUUCUUGUGAGGAGGUAACUCUAAUAUUGGGAUGGGUGACUGUUAUCUCUCAGUGUGUGUGUUUGUGUGUGAGUGUGUGUUUGUGAAAGAUUUAACAACAGAACAAAACAGUUGAGGCGAUGCUCUGAGUGGAGCUGGCCUGUAAGAACCGUGUAACACGGAACAAAAUGCUAAAGUCUCAGCUCUCACUGCUCACCGUCACUGAGCUGAGCACAGUGAAUAUUAGCCAUGGUGUGUGUCGCUGCAGAGGAGCAUCACACUGAUGUGGAGGGGGGGGGGGUGUCUUCCCAGACUUUGUGGCACAAUGAUUUCUUUGUUAUAUAUGUAAAUACUCUCAGUUUGUCUCAUCCUUUUACUGUGUGUAUGUUUUAUAAUAUAACUGUAAACACUCAUGACUUUACUCUAUAUUUAAAUUUAUUUAGGGUUGACUGACUUAUGAUCAGUGCUAAGAAACUAUAUACAGAAUACCCCAUAAUUCAUUCCUGGAGUCUGUGUUCUUUAAAGGAAGAUUUAGAUUGACUUGCUUCUGGUUUUAAUUUUGGGCAUUUUAAACUGAUUUGUUGAUUGUUUUUCUUAUUGAACAAUUAUUGUUCCUAUUGGAUGUUAAUUCUUCCUAUUGGACCCAGUAGUGAGGUUAUUGUAGGACUCACAACAGCCAGUUUAAAAAUGGAUAUCAUCUAUUUUUUACCACGCAUUUUUUUUAUUGUCAUAAAAAUGCAACUCAGCUACUCGAUGCUAAUGUAAGACAGAUAUAACCUUGGGAUUAGCUACUAUCAAGCCAGAUAGCUGAUGCCUUUCUCACACCACACCCCCGCAUUCUUUUAAUUUCUUAUUCUAGUAGUCAUCCUCUCCAAACAAUGCUGACUCGAGUAGCAUCAGCUCAAUACAUCUGACCCAUUGUUGCUCAGCUCCCUCUGCGGUCACACUUCAUGGAGAUGUGUUUUUAAUAUAAAGCAGUCUCCCCCCCAACAAGCUCUGAUGAGUAGAAUGAGUAAAGUUUUGCCAAUAAAAUCACACUUUCUCGUACAGACUUUGGUCCUUUGAUUCUGCUUAGUCACCACAGUCGUGAUAUGACAUACUCAGUCAGAUUGCAAUUCACCAUAGCAACGGUUUAGCGGUCUAUUUCAGGUGCUUCGAUAAAAGAGAAGCAGAAUUUAACACUGUUUUGUUGUGAGGGUGUAGAUGAAUACAUUUGAUGAACAUGUGUCACUGAAAAAACUGAAAGGUUGACUUAAAUCAAAUGUAUUAUGUCAACAUAUUUCAAAUACCUGUAUUUUUUUAUUUUAUUCAAAUAUAAUGUCAUUGCUUUCAACUAACCUAAUACAGUUAUGUGAAAUCUAUUGAAAUAAUACAUUUAUUUAAAUCUACGUAGUAGUUUUUUCAGUGCAGUGAAGCAUCUGGAGUGUUAAAUCAUCUUAGACAAAGACGAGGCAGCAGGAAAAGGUUUUCCCUAACUUCAUCACACUGGUUGGUCAACAUGCUGCUUUCCCUUAAAUCAAAUGCUUCUUUUAUAUGAGCAGUCCAACAACACUCAACAUUAAACAGCAUAGGAGGCAAUAACGGAUGGGAGAAAAAUAAAAAGAGAUUUGGUUGUAGAAUGAUGUUUCCAGGAGGUAAAUGCUGGCUCUGUAACUCAAUUUAUACUCAUUACAUUUGGAAAAUGUACUAAUCCAUGGUGGACAUCUCUUUAUGUAAAGAAAGACACAACAUCCAGGCCUCAGAUGACCAUUUAAAAUGAAAUGGGACAUAAUGCAAGCAUUUUCAUCUCUUUAAAUGUGCAUAAACACAUGGAUAAACCCUUACGCUGUAAUAGCUCUUUUACCAGCAGGAUUCCAGGUUCCAAACUCUCCACACAUACAAAUUGUAUCCCAUAUAUCUAUAUUGCUGUCUUCACUGGCACCUUCAACAACAUGCCACUGAGAUCAUUCACAGGGAGUUGUGUUUUUAGGGGGUUUUCUGUAAUAAGCAUUACAACUAAAAGUCCCACUUGAUGAAGGCAGCAUCUUAUAUUCUGAACCAAGAGAAAAAGAAUCUGACUCAGGAGCAGCUGACCAGCAGAGAGAGAAUGGCCUACCAUUUAUAUUAAUGUUCAUACCAGGAAGGCAUGUUAAAAACACAAGUUUAAAUCAUUUAAUCAUAACCUGAAUUUAAGUUUAGUUCUGAAGCAUGGCAGGCCGUUAUAUCCACAUCAGUUCAGAGCCGUCUGAGCCAGAAAGGCAGGGUUCUUAUUACAGUCUCCUUUCACUUUUGAGUGAAAAAUAAAUCAUAAUAAAAACAUCCUAAUUAAAUUGAUAUACAUUACAGAAUGUCUAGCUACUGAUCAUGUCUUCUUGUUCUUAAUACCUCAAAUAACAGUUCCAUUACUCAUGAAUCUUCUAUUUCAUGAAAUCUGUCUAGAUCCUCAAGAUAUUAAAUUCACAGCCAGUCUAAAAUAAAAGUUAAGAAACAUCAGUUAAUGAUCAACCUUCUUCCAUUAAAAAUGUCAAUUAAAUAGGCCUGUUUUAUUUAGUACUUCAUUAUGUUUCCAUUUCUUUUCCUUCUUCAAAUAUAGCAUUUAUAAGAUUUCAAUUUAGUGCAAUUUAGUUUCACUUCAACCAGGGAUUGCCAGGACUAACAGUCAUGCCAGUGAUUAAUAUUCAUAUCCACAUUCAAAUGGUUUUCUCUUGUAGCUUCAACAGCAGGGGGUCACUUUGCACAGUAGUGUGUAUGCAGUGUCUCCUCAGUGUGUGUGGAGCUGCAGCCUAUGUAAAGUGUGUCAGUCAUACAUACAUAAUGAUUAUGUUCAUGAGUGAUGUUUGUUUAAGCUAUUUCAUAUCAGCUGUGUUGGGUUUACCGACCUGAUGACUGGUUCUCAUGUACAGUUUCCUUGUGUGAUUUAUAUCUGACUGGUACUGCUCUAUUUCUAUCACUUUCCCAGUGAUGGUGGAAAGACAUGUUCAACUAGGCAGCAGUGUGAAAUGAAAAUCUUUAUAUUGACUCACUAAAUGUUUCUGUUUGGAAUUUUGGAAAUGCUUUCACAUAUGAUCAAAACAAAGUCUGUUGUGAGUUUUUAGUUCUUAAAGGUCACAAAGUGUUUGAUAAAAUAUCUUAGUAGAGGUGUGAGCUUCUCUCUGGAGAAAGUCGAUGAUCGGUUUGACAUGUUCAUUCUCUUAUCGCCUAUUCUCUCUCAUUUGAAGUCAUUGAAUGUUUCAAUUUAGGCUUUCCAGGAGAAAUUAAUGUCUCAAGCGUAGAAGCCAUGGUGAGUGACGGCAGAGAGCACUGUUGAGGUUUGACUGUUAUUUAUGAAGAUAUGUGCUGAAAAUAAAAAGUAAAAUACUGCUUCAGGGGAGCUGCUGUCACAAACGGUUUCAUCUACUAAUUAAUAUUGUCGACACUCUGUUACUGAUUUAUUUUGUAACUGCUGUGUAAUUCAAAAUGGAGUGAAGAAUAUUUGAUUGAAACAUGAUGGAGUUCCAGUGUUUCUCGCUCUCAAAAGCACUAGACCAUCAGUGUAAAGAUAUGAAUAAGCAAUAAAGAUGGAGCAGUAAAAAAUGGGUAAA